GGCGGCGGCGGCGGCGGCGGCGGCGGCUGCUGGAGCGGCCGCGGAGGAGGAGGCGGCGAGGAUGGCGGCGGCGUCGUGGGCGCGGCGGAGAUGAGCUCCAGCGGCCCCAGGCCCAGGGCGGCGCGGCCGGAGUGGGCGGGGGUCCCGAUGCAGGCCCGAGGGGGGCCAUGGGGCAGGUCCUGCCGGUCUUCGCCCACUGCAAAGAAGCUCCGUCUACAGCCUCCUCUACCCCUGAUUCCACAGAAGGAGGGAACGACGACUCAGAUUUUCGGGACCUGCACACAGCCCGGGAAUUCUCGGAGGACGAGGAGGAGGAGACUACUUCGCAGGACUGGGGUACCCCCCGGGAGCUGACCUUCUCCUACAUAGCUUUCGAUGGUAUAGUGGGCUCCGGGGGACGCAGGGAUUCAGCAGCCCGACGCCCCCGUCCCCAGGGCCGCUCAGUCUCAGAACCACGAGAUCCUCACCCUCAGCCCGGACUAGGAGACAGCUUGGAGAGCAUCCCCAGCCUGAGCCAAUCCCCGGAGCCUGGACGCCGCGGUGACUCUGAUACCGCUCCUCCGGCUGAGCGUCCCCUGGAGGACCUGAGGCUCGGGCUGGACCAGCUGGGCUGGGCGGCCCGGGGAGCAGGAUCUGGGGAAGACUCAGCCACCAGUAGCUCCACCCCUCUGGAAGACGAGGAACCCAACGGAUUGGAGGCUGCAGAAAUUGGGGAAGCACUGGACCUACAUCUUCCACUUGCUCAGUCCUCACAACCAGAGGUCUUUACUCCCCAGUUCAGUCCGAGCUCUGGGACCCCCCAGGCAGCUACCCCGUCCCCACCUGGAUCUCGAGAUUCGAACUCUGGUCCUGAUGAGCACUCACUGGAAGUUGAAGAACGGCUGUGGGAGCCCUUGGAGCGGGAGUCAAUCUGGGGACAGUGCCUGGAUAGAACAGCCCAAUCAACAUUCACUUUGGGGCCACCCCUUCUAGUGGCGGACCUGCUGUACUGGAAGGACACGAGGACGUCGGGAGUGGUCUUCACAGGCCUCAUGGUCUCCCUCCUCUGCCUCCUGCACUUUAGCAUCGUGUCUGUGGCCGCCCACGUGGCUCUGUUGCUGCUCUGCGGCACCAUCUCUCUCAGGGUUUACCGCAAAGUGCUGCAGGCCGUGCACCGGGGGGAUGGAGCCAACCCUUUUCAGGCUUACCUGGAUGUGGACCUAACCCUGACUGGAGAGCAGACAGAACAUUUAUCCCAGCAGAUUGCCUCCCGCUUGGUCUCUACAGCUACUCAGCUACGGCAUUUCUUCCUGGUAGAAGACCUUGUGGAUUCUCUCAAGCUGGCUCUUCUAUUCUACAUCUUGACCUUCGUGGGUGCCAUCUUCAAUGGUUUGACUCUUCUCAUUCUAGGAGUGAUUGGUUUAUUCACUGUCCCCCUGCUAUACCGGCAGCACCAGGCCCAGAUUGACCAAUAUGUGGGGUUGGUGAACAAUCAGUUGAGCCACAUCAAAGCUAAGAUCCGAGCUAAAAUCCCAGGGACAGGAACUCUUGCCUCUGCAGCAGCCACAGUCUCUGGAUCUAAAGCCAAAGCCGAAUGAGAAGGGUGUCCUCUGCCUUCGGGACACCUGCCCCCACCCCCAGCAGCUCUCUGUCCACCUCCACCUCCAUCUCCCAUCCCUUCCCAACCUAUACCCUUCUGGGCCGAGCCAUUUCCUGGCGGGUGUCAGAACACUCACGCUAGGGAAUCUGCGCAAGUCGCCUGAGCGGCCAGGACUACGUUUCCCAAGAGGCCCUGUUUCACGAAUCCAGGAAAGGCGAGGCACCUUGGCCGCGGUGCCUACUGGGACUUGUAGUUGACUAGACCGGGCAUCGCCCUGAACUUCUGUAACCCCGCCGCUGGAGGCGCCGUGAAGGGUUGGUGUCUCCUGGACGCCACUAGCCCCGUCGCUGGGGCUUUGCAUGGGGCCCAAGGGAGGCCUGAGCUUGGAUUUACACUAUAAUAAAGACUCCUAUGGAAAACC